UGGCCAUUGGGUCACCUCUUUAUUAAAGUAAUGAAGAAGCUUAUCCGUGGAGGGAACACACACUACGGCUCCCAGCAAUAAUUCACUGCAAAGCUAUACCAUCAGCAGUACCUCCAGAAGCGAUUGUCUUUCCUCGAUCAAUUUCGUUCGCGUUUACUCGAUCGAUAAACACAUCUUUGCCUUCAAGAAUUGGAAUUGAGUUUGGGUAUCUUUCUUCAAUCUUAUAAGGGGUUUCCCGUGUUUAACAGUCAUCUCAUAGCAAUGUCAUCUUCCAUAACAACACCCUUAUCCAAAGCCCAGAUUUUUCUUUUUAAUGCUCAACUCACGUCUCUCAAGAACCCUCAACCUGGAUUUCUCCAAAUACCCAUUUCAAGAAACCGUCAAAGUUCGAACCUUUCGUUGAGGAAAUCAAAGAUGGGGGUGGUUUCUGCAACAAUGGCGGCUGAGAAGCCGAAUAAGAGGUACCCUGGGGAGACUAAGGGGUUUGUUGAAGAGAUGAGGUUUGUGGCUAUGAAGCACCAUACAAGGGACCAGGCUAAGGAAGGGGAAAAGGAGCCUGAAGGUCAGCCUGUGGCUAAAUGGGAGCCAAGUGUUGAAGGGUAUUUGAAGUUCUUAGUGGACAGCAAAUUGGUUUAUGAUACUCUUGAGAAGAUCGUGGGGAAUGCUCCUUUUCCUGAUUAUGCUGAAUUUAGGAAUACUGGUCUGGAAAGGUCAGAGAGUCUGGAAAAAGAUUUGGAAUGGUUUAAGCAGCAAGGCCACUCCAUCCCAGAACCAUCAGAACCCGGCCUCAGUUAUGCCCGAUAUCUUAAAGAGCUAUCGGUGGGCGAUCCACAAGCGUUCCUUUGUCACUUCUACAACAUAUAUUUUGCCCACACAGCUGGGGGCCGCAUGAUUGGGAAAAAGGUAGCAGAAAAAAUACUCAACAAGAAAGAGCUGGAGUUUUACAAAUGGGAUGGUGACAUUUCUCAACUGCUGCAGAAUGUCAGGGAGAAGCUUAAUAAAGUUUCUGAGAGUUGGACAAGAGAGCAGAAGAACCACUGUUUGGAGGAGACCCAGAAGUCAUUCAAACUGUCAGGAGAUAUUCUUCGUUUGAUACUCGCAUAAUGCUAUCAAGAAAGCAGGAAAAACUGCUCUUCGAUUGUCCAAUGCUCUCUUUGGUUCCAAGAUGAGGGCUAAUGUACAGUACUUUUGUUUCUCAACUUUAAUAUGCAAAUUCGUCUACUUCCAAAAGUGGAUUUAAAAUUUUGUAUUUGCACAUUUACUUUAUUUUCUAAAGUGUUUUAGAUUUGUGAUGUCAUGGAUAAUUGUUUAUGAAUAUGAUGCACAUAAGUUUUUUGGAUGUUGUUUUCCAUAUAAGUUUUUUGGAGGUUUGCAUAUUGGAAUUGUUCAACCAAAAAGCACAGCUAUUUACGGUGCAAAAGUG